AACUGGUCAACAGCAGUUAGAUAGCAGAAAGAUGAUUGCCUCGAUUGAUUUGAUCCAUCCAACUGUCUGCAAACAUGGAUCUCUGAUGCAGCCAGUGCGGUUGGGAGAUUCUUACGGGUGCCAAGUUUGCAGAAAAUUUUGCGAUUACCCAGCCAUGGUUGCACAUGUUCAAACACAUGACAAAGCAGCCAUAUCUCACAAUGGCUACAAAAUCUAUAGGUGCCAACACAACUGUGCCAACACAAGAUCUCCACACUACCACUGUGUGUGCUCAACCAUUACUGGCAAAAAAACUUCAUGCAUAAAGCACCUGCAGACCUGCCCUGGCAUGAGGACACCACCUCCAUCUCAAGGCCUCAGCACGCCGAGCCCAAUGCCAGCCACGCACCCGCCACCUCCAUCUCAAGGCCUCAGCACGCCAAGCCCAAUGCCAGCCACACACCCGCCACCUCCAUCUCAAGGCCUCAGCCCGCCGAGCCCAAUGCCAGCCACGCACCCGCCACCUCCAUCCAAAAUAAAACGUGUGCCGAGGACCACUUGUUGCUUUUGCAACUUAGUUCUGAACAAGAAGAACAUCAAACUGCACAUAAGAAGGCGGCACUCCUCUAGGGCACCUGACAUAAAUCAGGAAAGGCAUCUUGCCUCUGUGUGUGUGGACCACCUGAAAGGAAUUUUUGUGGUAAGGAGAAGCUUCACUGGACCAGCGAACCCAGUCCAUGUACAAAGAUGCACAUGGGGAGUGGAGCAUCAUGUGGUCUGUGAAUUGGAGGAGUGCAAAAGGGCGUUGCAGUUUGCAGCGAGAAGUGGGAUUGCAGGUUUCCAGUGCGUCCAUUUAAAAUCUGUCACGUACUGCCCAGUGUCACAGUCCAACGACACGGUUCUGGAGGAAAAUGUGCUAAAUGACAUGGUGGGGAAAAAAUGGUUUUCCUCCAGCACGAAGAGAACCUGUCUGGAGAGACAAGCUGUAGCUCGUGCUUCCUCAUCCCCUCUGAGCACAGUUGUGCAAAUGGACAAUGACCCUAAAAUAUACCUGUCCGUCCAUGAGCCGAGAACAACUUACUUCUCCAGGUUGGGCAGAGUCUUGGUAUGCUAUGACCCACAUAAAAACACGUGGCACUGCCCAUGUUCCACACCCAGGAUGCCAUGCCCGCACAAGGCAAUUGGUAAGUGGCACUUAAACCAAAGUCAUCCAAGCCUUUUCCAGGGAAUUCGAGUAGGGUCCGACUGCGUCCUGCAAGACGGGGGCGUGUAUUUUGAGGAGGCGUGUAUUGUAAGGAGGGCGUGUAUUUAG